AUGGCAGUCAAUACCGAUGACAAGCUCAUCGAGCCUAUCGCCAUUGUGGGCAUGGGUAUGCGAUUCCCAGGCGAAUCACACUCGAGCGAGUCCUUCUGGGAUCUCCUCUCGAAAGGUCGUGAUGGCUGGCGGACGAUGCCGAAGCAUCGAUUCAACCUAGAUGGCUACUACCAUCCCGAUGGAGCGCGUGCGGGCUCUGUCUUCGUCAAAGGGUCGCACUUCCUCUCAGGCGAAUAUGAGAAAUGUGCAAAGCAAUUCGAUGCACCCUUUUUCAACAUGACGGCCGCAGAAGUAGAGGGAAGCGACCCACAACACCUACACAUGCUGGAAGUCUCAUACGAAGCACUCGAGAAUGCCGGCAUACCAAUGCAGUCAGUCAUCGGCUCAGACACGAGUGUCUACGUCGGCUGCUUCACCCGUGAUUGGGAAGCAAAGGGUGGCCGAGACCCGUACACUGGACCUUUCUAUGCAGCGACAGGGAACGGCAUGUCGAUGCUUGCCAACCGUGUUUCUUGGUUCUACGACAUGCGUGGUCCGAGUAUGACUAUCGACACUGCUUGCUCUUCAUCUUUGUACGCCGUCCACCUUGCGUGCCAGUCGCUACGCACAGGCGAGGCAAAGAUGGCCAUUGCUGGAGGUACAAACAUGAUCUGUGAUCCCUGCUACAUGCGCGAUCUUACCACUAUGGGUUUCCUUAGUCCCGACGGACGAUGCCAUUCAUUUGACCAUCGUGCAAACGGCUAUGGAAGAGGCGAUGGUAUCGGAGCUGUUGUUCUGAAGACCAUCAGCCAGGCCCUCAAGGACGGCGAUACUAUCCGCGCCGUCAUUCGUAACUCUGGCCUGGGACAAGACGGCAGGACUCCCGGUAUUACCAUGCCAGCCCCAGAGGCACAAGCCGAUCUGAUCAGACGUGUUUACAAGAAUGCGGGCCUGACAAUGGAUCAGACUGCUUACUUCGAGGCUCACGGCACUGGAACACCCAUUGGUGAUCCAUACGAACUCUCGGCACUAGGUGCGACUUUCGGACAGACUCGAGACUCGACCAAUCCACUCUAUGUCGGGAGUGUGAAAGCCAACAUCGGCCAUCUCGAAGGCGGCGCUGGUAUUGCUGGUCUGAUCAAGGCGGCGCUUGUGGUUGAACGAGGCGAAAUACCACCCCUAGCUGACUUUGAAAAGGUCAACCCCCGACUCAAGUUGGAUGAGUGGAAAGUAGCUUUGCCCUUGAAGCUCACUCCCUGGCCAGUGUCAGGCGUGCGAAGAGCAUCAGUGAACUGCUUUGGCUAUGGAGGUGCCAAUUCUCACGUCAUCAUUGAUGACGCCUAUCAUUACCUUCAAGAACACGGCUUGAAGGGACACCACCAAACGAUACUGGGGCCCAACGAUGUGCAAGAACCUUCUGACGCCUCCGACUCUGAGCUGUCCCGGCCAAUGCUGAUGGUACUUUCCUCUGUAGACCAAGCCGGUCUCGGAAGAAGUGCUGCAGCAUUGACGGACUUCUUGUCUGAGCAAAAGGAUUUGGAAGCCCAGAAGAAGCAAUCGGAUUCAGCUCCUUCCGGUGUGGACAUGGAAUCUUUCUUGCCCAAUCUUGCAUACACACUGUCUCACCGACGAUCUACAUUCGACCACCGCACCUUUGUCGUAGCUCGUUCGGCUGGUGAGUUGCAAGAGCAACUUUCCGCUCCGCUAUCCAAGUUGCGCCGGAGCGCCAAGAACAGCAAUCUCUUCUUCAUCUUCACGGGACAAGGAGCGCAGUGGGCAACUAUGGGCAAGUCACUUCUCGCCUUCGACACAUACCGACGCAGCUUGGAGCGUGCCCAAGCGCAGCUCAGCCGACUUGGCUGUGCUUGGAACUUGAUCCACGAGCUGUCAGCCCCUAAGGAAGAAAGCCGGAUCGACCAACCGGACUUCAGCCAGCCUCUCUGCACAGCGCUCCAAGUUGCUCUCGUAGAUCUGCUCGAGGAAUGGAAUCUGAAGCCAAAGUCUGUGGUUGGGCACAGUUCAGGCGAAAUCGCCGCAUCCUACGCGGCAGGGUUCCUCACACAUGAGCAAGCUGUCAAGGUUGCAUACUGCCGCGGUCUCUUCUCAGCAGACGUCAAUCGCCGCCUCGGAGACAAGCGUGGUGCUAUGAUGGCUGUCGGCCUUUCGGAGGCUGAUGUCAAACCAUACCUGGAUCAAGUUCCAAAGGAGUCCGUAGUUGUCGCCUGUGUCAACUCUCCCAACAGCGUUACUCUGUCCGGAGACGAGACAUCGAUCGACGUACUCGAGAAGACACUGCAAGAUGCUUCGGUCUUUGCCAGGAAAUUAAGAGUCAAGACUGCCUACCACUCUCCGCACAUGCGGGUCAUCGCGGCUGAUUACCUCGCGGCAAUGGAUGACAUUCAGCAGUCAACAGAGCCACCAAAGGCGACCAUGUUCUCCUCGGUCACAGGUGGCACUAUCUUGAAGGCGGCCGAUGUGGAUGCAUCCUACUGGGUCAAGAACAUGCUGGGAUGUGUCAGAUUCUCUGAUGCAGUCCAGGCAUUACUCACUCAGCCUGCUAAUCCCAACGCCAAGGGCCGUCGACGAGCCCCCGUCGUGUAUUCCGGAAUGGUCGAGAUUGGGCCCGCGGAAGCCCUCAAAGGACCACUGCUUCAGAUAUUGAACGCAACAGACGGGAGACUGGCCUCUUCAUUGCCAUACACGGCCCUUCUGUCGCGCAAUGUUGAUGCCGGUCAGUCGGCACUCGCAGCGGCUGGAAAGCUUUGGGCUGCAGGACUGCCCAUCGAUCUGCAUCGCAUCAACUUCCCAACUGAGGAGCAACCUCUCCAAUCACUGGCCUGUCUACCGCCAUAUAAGUGGAAUCACAAAGUCUACGAGUACGAAAGUACAUAUGGCAAGACCGUGCUGCGACGUGCCAAGCCCCGAACAGACUUGCUGGGCUUCGUGGAUGAGACCGCAAAUGAAAGCGAGCCUCGAUGGCACAACUACAUUCGCCUGACCGAGCAGCCCUGGCUCGGCGACCAUCGAGUACAGAACAUGGUCCUGUACCCCGGCGCAGCGAUGGUCGUUCAAGCAAUUGAGGCUGCACGAACUCUUCAGGACACAUCGCGGCCACUCAAAGCUGUUGAAGUUCGUGACAUUGCUUUCAAGAAGGGUCUUGUCAUCCCAGCAGGUGACGCUGCAGCAGAGACCGCGAUCCACCUGAAGCCUGAACAGGUGCCAUCCAGCGACGAGACUGCUUGGUCUUUCAGCGUAUUCUCGAAGACUGGUGAAGAUCCAUGGAACGAGAUGUGUACUGGAUCGGUGUCCUUACUCUACACUGGCGAGGACUACGGCGAAAGCGUGCGCCAAUGGACGUCCGAGUCCAGCUUGUACAAUGACAUUCGGAAGCGAGCCUGCAGGGUGGUCAAGGCCGCUACCUUCUACAAGCUCUUCGACGACAAGAUGAACCUGCAGUACGGCCCACUGCAUCGCAACGUUACUGAAGCUACGGCCGGGUUCGGCGAAGGCUACGGAGUGGUGACGAUUCCCGACACCAAGUCUGUCAUGCCUUCUCAAUUCGAGUACCCGCAUCUCAUCCAUCCGGCGACGUUGGACUCCAUCUUCCACAUGCAAGCACUGGGCUAUCUCCACAGCCUGUCCGGCGACGAGUCACUUGUGCCGAUCACCAUCGACAAAAUCUACAUCGCUGCCAACGCUCCCACAGAGGCUGGCACUCAGCUCAAGGGAUACUCGAAGGGCACGCAAAGCUCCUCUGGCGAUACGGUCGGUGAUAUUGUGCUUUCAGAUGAUGCUUGGCAAGAGCCUAAGGUGAUCGUCCGCGGCUUCCUCUCCAGAGAUAUCUCGGCUGCAGCCCCUUCGUCUGCGAGCACCGUUGACAACGCUCCCCGGAAGUGCACUCGUUUGGACUACGUGCCCUUGCACCCCGAAGAGUCGUCGGGCUCGUCGGCGCAGAGCGACUAUGGCGUUGAGAUUUCGUCUCCAUCGCCGAGACUUGACCAAGUGAUUGUCUUACACGCUUCCUCCGAGUCUCUUGAUCUGCCACUCGUGGUGGCCGAAAUCAGCGCGAGGCUUGCUAACUCCUGCGAGCAAAUCGUGCAGAUGCACCCCGAGCAGGUCACGUUUGGCGAAAAGUCCAAUGUCAAGGACAAGACCGUCUUGUCAUUGCUUGAAGCCGAGGAGAGCUUCGUUGAUGGAUGGUCGGAAAAGCAGUUCUCAUGGCUGCGCGACCUAUGCUCAACGGCCGAGACAAUCUUGUGGGUCACUCGCGGUGCCGACGUUGGCAGCCCGGAGACCAUCAAGUUCAGUGCCACUACUGGUCUGCUUCGCACAAUCCGCGUCGAGAAGCCUCAGCUGCGACUCUUCCAGCUGGACCUGGACACGACUUCAGCACUGUACUCCGACAACAGCAUCGACCUGAUUGUCGAUGCUUUCGAGACUUCUGUGCUCUCGACGGCAAAGGCAGUGGAGCAGGAAUUCGUGCAGAUUGGCGACGAGCUCCAUGUACCGCGCCUGGUCACUGAUGAGAGCUUCCAUGCGGAGCUCAAGUCGGGCGCUGCGAACACUGCACCUGUCCUCCAAGCUCUUGCCACCAUGCCAUAUCCCGUUCGUGCUAUGGUCUCACAGGGUGGCAGGUCGCUGUGCUUCGUCCAGGACGACCAGUACGAAGCGGAACUCGCCGAGGAUGAGAUCGAGGUCGCUCCAUCCGUCACAAUGCUCGACGCUGCCGCCUUCGAGGCCGGUGCAUCUCUCGGUCGCGAUGCGGUCGGCACGAUCACUGCCACUGGAGCUGCCGUCAAGGAUUACAAUGUCGGCGAAAAAGUGCUCGUGUGUGCCGCUGAUUGCCUCCGCACCCGCCUGAGAGUCAAGUCCAGCUUCGUUCGCAAGCAGCCUGAUUUCAUCGGCGACGCGGUUGCUGUCACUUUGCCCACGGCGUUGAGUUUGGCUUGGCUGUCUCUGCUCGAGCUUGGUUUCCUCAAGACCGGUGAAUCAAUCCUCAUCGCUGCUGAGCCAAAUGCUACCACGGGCGCCAUGAUCUUCUUAGCCCAGCAUCUCGGCGCGAAGGUCUACGCUUCGUUCACUACGGCUUACCACCACCGCUGGCUUGUCGAGCAAAUCGGCUUGGAGGAGGAUCAGGUCAUCAAGGCGGACCGUGGCGACAACUUCAAAGAAACUCUGCUCCGUCGUAACAAGGGCAAGGGUGUUGAUGUCGUUGUCACCUGCAGCCCCCACCAAUCAUUCAAUGUUCUGGCUCCCUUUGGAAGAUGCGUGUGUCUUGGGCCCAACCAGACGCUUCCGAGCACGGCACAACUGGCACUUGGUGUUUCGAUCCACAAUCUGGACAUUGAACACCUCCGUGUCGCUGCACCAGAGAGAGUUGCCAGAGCCUACCAGAGUGCAUGGAGUCUUGCUUCAAAGGGCGUGUUCCACACUUUGCCGCCAAAGAAAGCCCUCGACCUGGCAGACUUCGCCGCCCAGACGAAUUUACCUGAUGCCGUCAAGGCACCUGGCGCCGUUGCGGUCACGAUUGAUCCAGCUAGCAACGUGUGGACGCUUCCACCGCCGCCUGCGGUUCUCAACCUCGACCCAGAAGCCACGUAUGUCCUGGCUGGUGGACUGGGAGGCAUCGGUCGAUCGAUCGCCGAGACAAUGUUCGCUGCUGGCGCCCGCAAGAUCAGCUUCAUCUCGCGCUCUGGCGCAAAGACCGAGGAAGCGAAGAAAUUGCUCUCCUCUUUGCAGCAGCGUGGAUGUCUGGCAAAAGCAUAUCCAGUCGAUGUUUCAUCAUCCAGUGCUGUUGAGGCCUUCGUUCAGGCCAGCAUCGAACGUGGCGAGACCAUCAAAGGUGUGGUUCAAGCUGCCAUGGUGCUGCAAGAUUCCGUGUUCGACAACAUGACGUUCGAACAGUGGACCAAGUCCACCCAGCCCAAGAUUCAGGGAAGCUGGAACCUCCACCAACAUUUCCCCAAGGAUAUGGACUUCUUCAUCAUGCUGAGCUCCAUGGCUGGCAUCAUCGGCAACCCCGGACAGGCAAACUAUUCGGCUGCUGGCACGUAUCAAGAUGCUCUGUCGGUGCAUCGUCGCAAGCAAGGUCUCAACUCUACGACGAUCGAUCUUGGCAUCGUCUCCGAUGUUGGCUACAUCGCCGAGAACCCAGAACAAUUCGAAAGACUUCGCUACCUGAAGCCUCUGUUCAUCUCCGAGCGAGACCUUCGUCUCCUCCUUUCGGCCGCUAUGCUUGGCAAGACCAUGGAUGGCAACGACGUUCCCCCUCAAGUCGUCACAGGUGUCGGCAAGGAGCUGAUGCAGGACGGAAGCAUUGGAAGUGCCAUGGCCGCCGAUCUCAAAUACUCCAGCCUGCACGGAUCCAGUGAAAACGACACUGGAGAUGCUGGAGAGGACGAGGCCGCACAGGAGGCUAUGAAGACGGCUACCAGCCUCCAGACCGCGACCGAGUUCGUGGAGGCCGUGUUCGCCUCCAACAUUGCCAAGGCUACUGGCAUGGAGCCAGAAGACGUCGAUCUUGACCGACCGAUGCACGCAUAUGGAGUUGACUCGCUCGCGGCCGUCGAAGUUCGCAACAUGAUCUUCCGAAAAUUCAAGUCCGACGUCAGCGUUUUUGAUCUUUUGAGCACACUCCCAUUGCACAAGCUUGCCAUUAGAGUGGUGGCGAAGAGCAAGCUCGUCAAGCACGAGGUGCAGGUUGUUGCUCAGGAAGAGAAUGCCGAGUGA